AUGGAUGAACACUUUAACCUGAUCGACUCGCCCUCGGUGCGCCACCGGGGGAACAACGCUGAAAAUCACGGCUACGCUGAGACAGAGAAGGGCAGCAUGACGGUGAUGGUGUCCGAGCUGCUGGAGGAAACGGGCGCGCUGCAAGGCCACCUGUCGCUGGAUCGCUACGAACCGGAGCACGAGUGCUGUGAGAGGGUGGUCAUCAACAUCUCCGGCCUGCGCUUCGAAACGCAGCUUAAAACUUUCAACCAGUUUCCUGACACAUUACUUGGUGAUCCUAAGAAACGAAUGCGCUACUUUGAUCCGCUCAGGAACGAGUAUUUCUUCGACAGGAAUCGACCCAGCUUCGAUGCCAUCCUCUACUACUAUCAAUCAGGCGGGCGCAUCCGGAGACCUGUCAACGUGCCCAUUGAUAUUUUCUCCGAGGAAAUUCGAUUUUAUCAGCUGGGCGAGGAAGCCAUGGAAAAAUUUCGUGAGGAUGAGGGGUUUAUCAAAGAAGAAGAGCGACCCUUGCCAAGUCACGAGUUCCAGAGGCAGGUCUGGCUUUUGUUUGAGUACCCAGAGAGCUCGGGUCCUGCCAGGGGCAUCGCCAUCGUGUCCGUUUUAGUCAUUCUGAUCUCUAUAGUUAUAUUCUGUCUGGAGACUUUACCCGAAUUCAGGGACGACAAAGACCCUGUUACGGUUGCCCCUGUUGUAAAUGGAACUGGUCCGUACGGUUCGGGUUCGUUCACAGACCCGUUCUUUGUAAUUGAGACACUUUGUAUUAUUUGGUUCUCAUUUGAGCUGCUUGUGCGCUUCUUCGCCUGCCCCAGCAAAGCCACUUUCUCCAAGAACAUCAUGAAUAUAAUAGACAUUGUGGCUAUCAUUCCGUACUUUAUCACCUUAGGCACGGAACUGGCAGAAAGACAGGGCAACGGUCAGCAAGCCAUGUCCCUGGCCAUCCUGCGCGUCAUUCGUUUAGUACGAGUUUUUCGCAUCUUCAAGCUCUCCCGCCACUCCAAAGGCCUUCAGAUUCUCGGCCAGACACUCAAAGCCAGUAUGCGCGAACUGGGCUUGCUUAUUUUCUUUCUUUUCAUCGGAGUCAUUUUGUUCUCCAGUGCUGUUUACUUCGCUGAGGCGGACGACCCCGCGUCCAGCUUUAGCAGCAUCCCGGAUGCUUUCUGGUGGGCCGUGGUUACCAUGACGACAGUGGGAUACGGAGACAUGCACCCGGUGACCAUCGGCGGGAAGAUCGUCGGCUCUCUUUGCGCCAUCGCUGGGGUCUUGACGAUCGCCCUACCCGUGCCUGUCAUCGUGUCUAAUUUCAACUAUUUCUACCACCGGGAGACAGACGGCGAGGAGCACGCGCAGUACCUGCACACGGGCAGCUGCGAACAUCUGGAUUCCACAGAGGAGAUGAAACGGACACGCAGCACAUCGUCCCUCAGCAAAUCGGAAUACAUGGUGAUAGAGGAGGGCAUUAACAGCGGCUUUAAGCAGCCGAACUACACAAACCAGAAUAAUCAGAACUGCGUGAACAUCAAAAAGAUUUUCACCGACGUGUAGAUCAAACGCACUUUGUGAUCUAAUGCGCUUUAUUCUGGGCUUUCUUUGAUGCAGACGGGAACUACAACCUGUUGUCCUAAAUCUGAUCACUCUUUCUCUAUAGUGGCUUAAAGGGGAGAAGCACAGGUCAGGGACGUAAAUAACCCAAGAUUUAACAAUAUUACUUUUUGUGAUUGUAAGUCCACGUUUGUUCUGAGUGUCAUAUAUACAGUAUAAUCGUCGUAAUAGUCGUUGUAUUGGCACUCUGUUAUAAUUUGUGGCGACUUUUGAAGCUGCAAUAUGUAACUUUUG